GUGGUGGCCCCGCCCCCUCUCUCCCCGUGUGACUGUGAGGUGCUCGGUUCUUCUGUGGAAGCUAAGGCCUGAUCUCCAUCCGGCGACUAGCACCCUCCUGUCCAGCCAUCCGUCCCCGGCACCGCGCUCCUCGUACCCAGCCAUGGCCUCCGUCUCCGAGCUCGCCUGUAUCUACUCCGCGCUCAUCCUCUACGACGAUGAUAUCACCAUCACGGAGGACAAGAUCAUUACACUCAUCAAGACAGCGGGUGUCAGCAUAGAGCCCUUCUGGCCAAGUCUGUUUGCCAAGGCUCUCAACAACAUUAGCAUCGGCAGCCUGAUCUGCAACGUUGGAGCCGGUGGCGGCGCUCCGGCCGCUGGAGCUGCUCCUGCUGCACCGGCCGCUGCUGGUGCUGCUCCAGUUGAAGAGAAGAAAAAGGAGGAAGAGAAGGAGGAGUCUGAGGAAUCUGAUGACGACAUGGGAUUCGGGCUCUUUGACUAAAUUUUGUAAGAGGACUUGUAAUAAAGAGAGUAUCUCUA